GAUCCGGCACGACAAGUGUGCCAACUGGCUGCUCAAACUUUGGCCGAUUUGGCUCAGACAGUGUCCGAGGACAGCCUGAUUCUGACGCUAGAGAAAACGGUGAUGUCUGAUCGACAAGUUCGGCGUUCGAUUCUCGAGCGUUCAUCCACCGGUGGGAAUCGUGGUCGAUCGGAACCAUGGUCUUCCUCUCGACCGCCGACCGGUUCGAACUCGUCCAACACACUCAACCUGAUCGCGACCGGGUCUAGCGGUGCAAUCAUCAGCGGUUUGGAAGAUGAUUAUUUCGAGGUUCGCUGUGCAACUCUCGCCACCGUGACUCGUAUAGCCUCACUGAGUGCCCGAUUCGCCGCAAACUGUCAAGAUUUACUAGUGGAUAUGCUCACAGAUGAUAUACAAGAAGUUCGGCUAAGUGCCAUUCGGGCCCUGGGUGCUGUGGGCGAUCAGGUCCCACUUCAAAGUGAACAAGUAGCUAUCAUUACAUCCGCUCUGGCUGAGGGGUCCGGUCGUACUCGACGACGUCUGCAUCAGUUGCUCUCACGAUGCUGUCUGGCCUCUGCUCCGUGUCUGAUCAGUUUAUUAGACGGCCUGCUGCACAAUCUACGCCGUUAUCCACAAGACCGGGACAGUUUGUGGCGUUGUGCAGCCUCUGUUGGUCGACGACAUUCGGUGUUUGUGGAAACAUGCCUAUCCAGCCUACUUCGUACACAUUUGUGGCUCAGUGGCCCAGACCCUAGCUGGGAAGAUCCGGCUUAUUUGACGGUGUUGCUUUUGGUUUUCAAUGCUGAGCCUGGUGCGCCUGGAAUGCAAGCACAAUUCCCCAGGCAUUUAGCCGCAACCAAGGUUUACCUCGCCGAAUUGGUCCCGUCUCUGAUACCCAGACGACGCAAUCCAAUCGACCUGUUUCCCAACCCGGACCCGUUUGAUCGUAGUCUCACUGUACCAUCGAAACGACGUCGACUUGAUCUGAUGGGAUCGGAUUUGGUGACCGAACUCGAGGGCGACGCACGCCACUCAGAUGACAGUACAAGUUCGAACAGCUUGUUACGGUUUUUGUACUCAAUGAUUUGUCGAGUUAUCGGUGUUUUGGACGAUUUACGUCGUCCUUUUGCCGAACCGUCAUCAUCCGCGAAUCAGAGUGAAUGCCCAUUUCCAACACUCUCACGGGGACUGUGGAAUCAGCAACUGGCCGUGCUCACCCGACUGGUGUUUGCUGAUUUGUGUGGCUCUGUACAGCGUCUGGAUAGGAUCGGUCAGUGGAAAGGACUCAUCCAAUGGCUCACAAUGCUCACUACACUUGGCUGGUGUUUGGCAUGUGUCGGAACCUGUUAUCCAUCGGAUUCCCCACUCUCGGUCACUACCACCACGGCAGCAGCAGCCGCUGCUGCCAAACCGGUUGCUCCACUUAUGCGGAAACCGGGCAAACUGCUAUCCCGAGCUCUACAGAUGGGAUUGAAGGCCCUGCAUUUGUUCUCAGGUAAAACGGAUCUGGAGCAGAGCAUGCUCGUGCAGUUGGUUGCACAACUUGUAGCGGUGAAUAAACUAUUCCGUCUCGAUGGAUGUGUAUCCGACAUGCAUUUGUGGGCUAGUACGAUUCAGUCUGUAGUCGGUCUCUUGUCUCAAUUGAUCAGUACGGUUUCCGAUUCCAAAGACACUGCGAUGCUGGGGCUCGGGGAACGUAACUAUGCCGGGGAAACCCGCUCUAUUCAUACAUUGAACAAAUCUGCUAAGCGACUUCAACCGGUUUAUGUGGCACUGUUACAGCCAAUAACCGCAGGUUACGGCGGAGUCGGUGUCGCUGAUUUGGACGUGUUCGGUUUCGGACGCGUUCCCUUGGGGACAACCUCGUUCUCUAAUCGAUGGAGCGAAGAUGCUGAUGACGGUUGGACUCCGACCUCGCGUGUGGCCGCUGAUCAAGUAAAUGUCACGAUUCCCGAGAUUCGUUUCACUGCAUCCAUUGGUUCCGUCUCCAUUCGAAUACGCGCAGUUGUGUUUGGUAUGAAUUUAGCCAUGGUCAGACAACGUGUUUGUGUACUGUUUCGACGACCGGAUUUACCCGCUGGUAAUGCACAGGCGGAUGGAUGUCCCGGAUUCGGUGGCUCGCAUGAUUUGUGGACUGCCUUGUUCCACCAAUGGUGGCCUCCGGCUGGUGCUUGGCACCCGUUGGACGAGGGUUUCACCACAACGACGACAACGACCACCACUACCACCGAUGGGACACGAUCAGAUCACGAUGUUUAUCGAGUUGAACUCCGUACACAUUUGGAACUGAGUGCUGGUCGUUGGUCUGACGCUGGGACCGUGGAAAUUGGAUUAGGCUACUGUCUGCCUGCGUCGCACAUCAUGGACGACGCAAGUGCAACAGCACUGGCAACAAGCACUGAGUCACACUAUGAUUCCACCGAUUCUAAGCCAUCCCUUGUGAUUCCCCUCAUUUCUCGAAAAAUGCUUGCUCGUGUUCGACUGCUUCCCAGUGCACCGAUUGGCCAGUGGUAG